GAUGUUGAUAAAGUCUGCUUGGAACAGCUGAGAGAGAACAACAAAGCGACCGCCACACUGACACGCGCAGGCAUAUAGAGAAAAGAAAUUCACUGAAACAGAAGGGAACCGUCGACGAAGACGGCUUUAGACGAACUUUUCGCAGAUAAACAACCGAGGAAAGGGAAAACUCGGGGAGCACAAAGUCCAGAACCCGAGAAUCAGACGGAGAGAGGUCUGUCCCAUCCCAGCGCAGAGAGCAAUGGGGCGCAUUUUCCUGGACCACAUCGGGGGGACCCGGCUCUUCUCCUGCGCCAACUGCGACACCAUCCUGACCAACCGGUCCGAGCUCAUCUCCACACGGUUCACCGGAGCCACCGGCCGUGCCUUUCUCUUCAACAAGGUGGUGAACCUGCAGUACAGCGAGGUGCAGGACCGCGUGAUGCUGACGGGCAGGCACAUGGUGCGCGACGUCAGCUGUAAGAACUGCAACAGCAAGCUGGGCUGGAUCUACGAGUUCGCCACCGAGGACAGCCAGCGCUACAAGGAGGGCCGCGUCAUCCUGGAGAGGGCGCUGGUGAGGGAGAGCGAGGGCUUCGAGGAGCACGUCCCCUCCGACAACUCCUGAGCCCCGCCCCCCCCUCCGGCCCGCGCAGCCAAUGGGCUGCUCCUCCUGAAUCAUCUCGGCUCUCCCCGGUCCCUGCUCGGCCUCUGCUUUCUCACAGACACCACUGGCUCCUGUCAAUCAGAUUCAGACUCUUAGAGAGGCCUGCCCCCUAUGGACAGUUCACUGUAGCUACACACACAGAUGCACGUACUGCCGAAUCUACACUGACUCGCAUAACGCGUACUAAGCCACCACACCAAACAGUAACGUGACACACACAGGUCCAUCACACGUAGGCACACAAACAGACAUAGGGCAGCCCGAUAUAGCUACACACACACCUAGCCCAUCAUUCAUACAUGUACACACACACACACACACCAGUCCACCAUGCCUACACAUGAAUACACAAGCAAUCCAGUGUGGCUUCACACAAACGCUCGCAAGAGCAUACCUGAAAACUAGCUACACAAACGUCACCUGCAAACAUGUGCAUGUGCAGAUAUACACACUGUACACACAUUUGCGCACUAAACACGAAUCCAUUUCGGGCUGCACUCAGCCUAGACCCAAGCCUGCAGUCUCUGCUGCCACUCACAGGGGGAGGGGGAGGGGCCAGGGGAAGAGGUGCGGAUAUUAUUGGCUAAAAGAUUGUGGUCUUCGUGUCGAAUCUCCUUUCUCCUGAGUCUGCCUCUGUCGCCCGCUCGGUGUCUCUUGUGUUGGUGCUCCGUGUCUCUCCGUGCCACCGUCUCAUUGUGCCUGUUCGCACAGUCUAAUAGUGUGUGCCAGUCAUGUCUCUAAGAGCUGAUGUGAUGUCACGUCAUUCAACCAGGUUUGCGCUAAAGAUGCUGUAUUUGCUUAGCCUGAAGAGUUGAGUCCCGAAUUGAUUCAGCUGAUUCAAAUUGAUUUGAAUCGGUGCAAGCAGGCAUGUGCACUUGGGUGUGUGCGCGUGCCUGUGCCUGUGCGUGUACGCGUGUGUAUGUGUGUCUGUCUGUGUUCAUGCGUGUGCAUGCAUGUGUGUGUGUGUGUGUGUGUGCGUGCGUGGACGUCUGUAUGUGUGUCUGCAUGCGUGUGCCUGUAUGUACGUGCGUGUCCUGUGUAUCUGUGGGCUAGCGCUGUGCUGUAGUGAUCUAUGUCCUGUUGGCCCUGUCGUAGUGCCUCCCCCUGCUGGUCGUUCAGUCACAUGGCACUGAGGAAUGUAACUAACAGACACCUGCGGUCCAUUCUGAUUCAAAUGCAUGCAUGAGUGGGACCAGAUGCUUUAUUCUGAGGGAAAAAGGAAAACUUUUACAUUAAACUUAAUUUAACUGGUCGCAUCUUUAAAUUAUUGUAAGGUGCAUUUAUUUUAGGAAAACUGACUGAAAAAUCAAGUCAUCAUCAUUGUUAAUAGUUAUCAUAUAGUAUUACCUACAUGGCCACUUAAGUUUUGACCACUGAUUAUUUUGUUUAAAGUCUAGGGUAGACUCAACAUUUGUAGUGUUUAGGCAAGCCAUCUUGGCUCAGGUCGGCCAUUUUGGCUCCAACAGUAGUUUUUUUCCACCCCAUCUGGAGAGUAUAUGUUUUUAAAGAGGGUUUUUCUUGGUGAGGGGUCACCACUGGGGCUUGUCGUCAGACAUGUCACGCAUCCUGUUUGUUUGCAUUCCUGUGCGGCCGUUCCUUGUGGAGCCAGCGGUGCUCAUGGUUGUGUGUGUGUGUGCGUGUGUGCACGCAUGUUCACGCCUGUGCUUGUGUGCGUGUGUGAUUUGAGAGAUCACCAAGGCACCAGAGCCGAGUGUGAUCACACCACUCUCUCUCCAGGGGUGUGUGUGACCAGUUGUCUUUGAGGAUUGGAAGCUUGUGCUGUUGCAGACCAAGCAAGUCUCCCCACACUCUCGUUUGCCAUUGGGGGGGGGUGGUGUUAUUAAUCUCAUUCAGGACACUGAUUAAAGGCCCCCACCUCCAAAUCCAGCACUCUUGACAUUUCCCAUAUCAACUGGUGGACAUAUGGAUUAUUCUUAUUAUUAUUCUUCUUAUUAUUACUGUUAUUAUUAUUACUGUUAUAAUUAGUAUUAUGGUUAUUGAACAUUUCUCUGGGUAAUCCUUCUUUGAGGUGAAAAUGAAAGCAAGAAUGUAUUUUCUGUUGCUGAGUUCUCUUCUGUAGUGAUGUUUUCUGAAUAAAGUGAGCGUUCUGGCUGAAA